AUGGAGAGAGGGUGUAAAGAGGGUUUCCAGGGCAUUCGCUGUGACCAGUUCCUGCCCAAGACUGAUUCCAUGCUGUCUGACCCAAUGGAUCACUUGGGCAUUGAGUUCAUGGAGAGCAAGGAGGUGUACAAAAGACAAGUGAUGUCUAUCACAUGUAUUGCCAUGGGGAUCAGCUUUCUAGGCACCCUCUGCAUAGCUCUCUACUGUCGGAACAAGAGAAGGAGGGAAAAGCUCCAGGCACACUUGAACGAGAGCCGUAGCCAGAAAAACUACAACCUCAACUCUUCCAGCCUGGCCCCUAAACCCAGCCUUAGGCCUCAGCAAGGCCUGCAGCUCCAAAAAUAUUAUAAACCCACAAGUUCCUCGCCACCGCAUGUUCAAGAGUCUGGUUUCGUUCAAAGCACUGCUGCCUCUACCAGUCCACAAGGCACACUGACAGGGAAACACCCCAGGAGUGGUUCCCUCUCUCAUAGUCCAGAUCAAAGGAUUCGUUCUGCUUUUCGGCCUGCAUCUCGCAGAACACCACCCAUAACCAGAGGAUGUCUCAAUGCCAUUGGUGGAACGAGAGAUUCUGGUCCUGUCUACCAACAUCUCCAGGAAGUAGCCAGCUCAGAGAGGGAGUCAGAGAGAAGGAACCUCUCCGGGCCAGGUAACGACCUACAUCAGGAUUCCUUUUACAAUAUGCAAGCCUCACAAUCCUCAAAAUCUUGCAGCAGCCAUUUAGACCACAGGUGUGCUAGGAGCCUCAGGUCAGGCGGUUCCAGCCAAAGUCCUCCUGCUCCCUACCGUCCCUGCUCUAUCCCAAUCAUCCCCUCUGUCCACUUCUACCAGGAUGAGGUAUCGUGUAUGCAAACCGCCCCUAGUGCUGGAAGCAACCGUUCUAGUCCUCUGGAAAGCACAGAGGAAGCUUCGGCCGUUGAUCAACAGUCUAACGUAACGGUCUCCAACCGAGUGGCUGGUACACAGGAGGAAGUGGCCUCACUACUCCACGAGGCUCAGGAACAGCUCAGAGCACUAGCACAUGCCCAGAGGAAGCAGGAGGACAUCAGUAGCUCCGUCCCUCAGGGGGCCAAAGAGACUGUGUGCAUCCUUUUAGCAAAUGGGGGUGGACAAGGGGGAGUGGCUUCUUUUGGGCCCACGGAAACUCAGUUAGUGAGCCCCAGAGACACGCACAAAGAUGCCACAAAGCCUGGCCAAUGAGAAGGGGUUGACAGAACUAACCACAAAUGUGUGUCUUUGGGCUUCAGAAUACUCCGCCAACAUUGGGAUACCACUGAAAGCUACGAUUGAAUUUCUGAGGACGUGCUGUGGGCGAUAGCGUGAGAGUGACGAACAGGAGUCUCGAACAUGUGAAAAGAUAAUUUAUUUAUAUGCAUUUAUUUAAGGAGAAACUUAGAAAAAGAAACCAAAUAGUCUGUCAUCUCCAUGGUGUUUUUAACUGUAUAAAAUAUACAUAAAUAUAUAUAAAUGGAUAUAAAUAUAUGAAUUCAAACUGGUGACCAAGUACAAAAAUGGAAUAUGGGAAUGAGAAACUUUCUUUUAAAGCGUAUCAGCCCCACAUCCUUAAAGACUCGAUGCUUGGUGGUUCAAAAGUUAUAAAAAUAGGAGUUUUUCCACUUGUUUCACUCAUUUCCAGUCAAGCUAAGCUUGUCCGACACACAAUCUUGUGUUUUGCACCUGCCACUGCAGCAGCUGUGUUUACUAUCACCGUCCCAGUCACUGUCCUCUACCCUGCCAAGGAAUAUGGCUCCAUCUGCCUUUGAAAACCGUGGAACGUGGAUUACAAUUGGAUUAAAC